GGAAACGCGUCAUGAACGGAUCAAGUAAGUACAUGUUUUAUUUUGUGAAUUUUUCCAUUAUAAAACAUGUUUCUAAAGGACAAAUGAAAAAAAUUAUAAUCGAAACUUUCUUUAGGCUUGCUUAAAAACGUAUUGGUGGAAUGAAACAAGAUGAUCUGUUAAUUUUAGACUGUUCAACCGAUUGUGAACGAGCCCAGACAAGUCUGCGUCAGUUAAGAAGCGACUUCCGCCAGUGUGCAAAUUCAAUUAUUUGAUCAUCGUUUCCCGCCGAUUAUGCAUAUCCGUACUCUUUUUUGAUAAAAAAAAUAUGCAAGCUUCUUUGAAAUUCGACUGUGUACGUCGAACAAUAAAUAUGGAGGAGAAGAAGAAAAAUAUGGAAAAGUUUGAACCAAGCUAUCGUCUUCUUUCCAUCUUACGAAAGAUUGGAGCUUGUGAAGAUUACUUCACACUUUCCCAGAUAAUCAACUACCUGGGAGAUUAUAUUAAGGAAAAGAAAUUGUUUGAUAGACAUCAACCAUCCUUAGUAUACUGCGACAACGAUUUAAUGACGUUAACUAAUCGCCCUGCAUUGUACAUUGAUGAGUUUCCAACAUUACUACAAAAGCACGUUUCCAAAACGACGCCAAAAAUUCUCGCAACUCCGCCUAUGAAUUGUAAUCGAAAACGAAAAUUUUCUGAUAUUGAGGAUACAUCGGAGUUUCGACAGGAAACAAUGGAAGAAGAUGAAGAAUCUGAUAAUAGUAUACAUAGCAAGACAACAGCAAUAGUUGCAUCAUCUUCCGAUGAUUUAUGGUUUCUUUCGGAAGACGAACAUUUUGAAGAGUACGAACCAGAAUCAAUGGAUGAGUCUAACACAAAGCUAUCGAUUGGCUCACAAUCACCUGUCGAAGACGUCGUUGGAGUACUGACAACGGACAAUGAAUUCUUUGCUGACGAGGAAUCAAUCAAUAGUGACAGAGAGGAUUCAUCAUCUGGUGGAGAGACAUUUCAUCGACAAUUUGGUUCCAUAUAUUGCGGACCAGAUAUUAGCCGUUCAGAAACUGAUCAUGGUAGUACUGCCGGGGAUCUUAGAAGGAAAAAGAAAGUGCUGCGAAAAAGAAGAAAGAAAUCUCGCUUACAGCCUGUCAAGUUCAAUUCGGCAAUUUCUACUCGAUUUGAUAGCGAUGAAGAUGACAUUGAAAGCAAUGAUAACAAAUUUAUUGCUUCACCUCUCAAACAUCAAAGUUCGAAUGCUAGUACGAUUAUAUUAACUGAAGAGGAAGAAACCCCUAACACAAAUUCACCAAAAACACAAAAGCCGUUCAAUUUAAGAAAAGAUUCGGGAAUAGGUUCAUCCUUGGAAGUGGAAUUCUGCUCAAUCUGCCAAGAACAGUCAAAAGAUGCCGUUCUUAUUCAUGGAAAAAGUGCGCAUCAAGUAACUUGUUAUCCAUGUGGCAAAAGAUUGCGUAACAAUGGAAAACCGUGUCCAAUCUGCAGAAGACCUAUAAAGAUGGUCGCUAAAAAUUACAUGCUUUGA